CCUGCAUCAUGAACUGCUGGUACUUAAAUUUUGCAUGCGCCAUCACUUUGCUCAUAGUGCUGCCUUACAGUGGAUAGGAGCUUUCCAACUGGGAGAUUUUAUCACUUUCAAACCAUGCUCUCAAUACCUGCUGUUUUGCUUAGCCUCGCGGCUGUCGCUUUCUCUACUUCAUGUCAAAAUACGUUGGAGUUGACAUGGGAGCGUGGUGCCCCAGAUGGGUUUGAAAGAGACAUGAUCUUCAUCAAUGGUCAAUUUCCGGGACCGACAAUUGAAGCAAAUCAGGAUGACUGGGUCGAGAUUACUGUUGUUAACAAGAUGCCCUUUAACACCUCGAUACACGCUCAUGGAAUUGAACAAUUGAACACUCCUUGGGCGGAUGGAGUACCUGGAUUCACUCAACGUCCGAUCCAGCCUGGCGAAAGCUAUACCUACAAGUGGCAUGCACACCAGUAUGGUUCCUACUUCUAUCACGCACAUAGUAGAGGCCAGAUUGAAGACGGCUGCUAUGGUCCAAUAAUCAUAAAGCCAAAGUCUGGCAUCACGAAGCCAUUUGAUAAGAUCGCCCCUGCAGAGGUCGAGCUUCUCGAAGCCGCAGAGUCCAAGGUCACCCCAUUGGUUGUAUCCGACUGGAGGCACACGGGUUCGAAACAUACAUGGGACUUGCAAUUAGCUUCCGGUAUUGAAAGCUCUAUCUGCAUGGAUUCUAUCCUGCUGAAUGGAAAGGGUGCGGUGAACUGUUGGUCGCGAGAGGACAUUUCAGCAUUCACAAGUCCUGCCAUUGCACCUCUACUAAAGGAACUUAACCUUACUAUGACUGAUAAAGGAUGUUUACCACCAAAGAUCUUCCCUGUUCUGCUGGCUGACGGCCAGGCCACUGGAGUAAACAUUGACGCUCUACCUAAAGAAGUUUUUGAAACAUGCACGCCUACCGAAGGGUCGGUGGAGGUGAUCAAGGCCAAUCCCGGCGAUAAGUGGCUUGCUCUGGACAUCAUUUCUGCGGCAGGUAUUGAUACGUUCGCCUUCAGUAUUGACGAGCAUCCAAUGUGGGUGUAUGCUGUUGAUGGCCAUUACAUCGAGCCAUUGGAAGUAGAAGCCCUUUCCCUUGUCAAUGGUGAUCGAUACUCUGUCUUCAUUCGGCUUGACAAGACCCCUGCCAGUUAUGGUAUUCGUGUCGCAUCAGUUGCGCUCGCCCAGCUUCUGGAUACAACUGCUGUUCUUGCCUAUGAGGGUUACGAAGGGUAUCAGAACACUACAGAAGAAGAAACAUACACCAUCAGCUCCACACCAUACAUCAACAAAAUCGGAGCGCUCAUUUCUGAAAAUUCUACUACUAUUCUCGACCAUGUCGGAGUAACGUCUUUCCCACCUCAAUUUCCCCAGCCUGCGCCUGAAGCAGACCAAACAUAUGUUUUGACCUUGCAGACAGUGGGAAAUUCCUACACCUGGGCACUCAACGGCACUCCAUUCGACAACAACCACGAGGACGUUGAGACACCUUUCCUUUACCAAGACCCCAACACCAUAUCACUCCCUAAUCAUACUCUCACAACGAAGAACAACACCUGGGUGGACAUCGUCUUCACCGUGCCGACUCCCGGACAACCACCACAUCCGAUUCACAAACACGGAAACAAAGGUUUUAUCCUUGGUGCUGGUGAGGGGCCUUUCAACUGGACGUCAGUCGCGCAAGCUUCGGCGGCUAUUCCAGAAGCAUUCAAUCUCGUAGCACCAGCUUAUCGAGAUGGCUUCGUCACUCCGCCUUCUGCGACCGGGCCUACAUGGCUGGCAAUCAGAUAUCAUGUGACUAAUCCCGGAGCAUUCUUGCUGCAUUGCCAUAUCCAGUCCCAUUUGAAUGGUGGAAUGUCAGUUGCGAUCUUGGAUGGCGUGGAUGAGUGGCCUGAGGUACCGAGCCAGUAUAGAAAUUGA